UUCGAUCCCUCGCAUCGAAGAUCGUCGCUCGGAGAUGGCGGGGCUCGCGCGCUCGGGCUCGGAUGCGCGACUGUGACGAGAAUUUCCCCAUCUUCCGAUCGGGUGGAGGUUGCUGAGGCAGGAGGUCGAUCGGUCGAUCGGUGCAGUGGCAGCGCGGUCUGAAAUUUGGCCUCCAAUCGUUCGCUCUUUUCUUCUUCUUCUUCAUCAUCUUUCGCAUUUCCACGAAAUUUUCAUUUUCGUUUCAUUGGUUGCGUUGGCAGUAGUUGAGAAUUCAGUCUGUCCGUGUGUCGGCCGAUCGGGGGUGGCAUUUAUGGGGGCCCGUCGCUGGUCAGAGUUGAUGAGGAUUUCGUUUCUUUGAGGGAGGGCAUGGAGCUUUUGUAGCUUCUUUAGCUUUAGCUGUUGCAGCGAGCGAGAGAUUGCGCGGCCUCGGACAUUGAGCGCGGCGGCGUAGACUGAGGGAGGGAGAGAGAGAGAGAGAGAAAGAGAGAGCUUGUGAAUUACAGAGUCCGCGAGCGUCCAGGGUCUUGAUCCUGCUUGCCUCGAAAAGGCGGCAAGAUGUUGGAGCAGAUCAAGACGCUGACCGACAUCGGGGCUAUGACCCGGCUCUUGCAUGAGAGCAUCGCGUAUGGGAGGAGCAUUGAUGACGAGUUGGAGGUUCUGCUGUCUCAGCGGUAUGAUCUUGAGAAGAAGCUCUUAGGGCUUCAGAAAUCGUCCGAGGUUUUAGAGUUAGUGCGCUCUGAUUCGGAUGUAAUGCUGUCAAGCGUGAGAUCGACCUGUGCCCUAGCUGAUCACGUCAGUGGCAAAGUCAGGGAGUUGGAUUUGGCGCAAUCUCGUGUUCAGGCUACAUUGGCGAGGAUUGAUGUGAUCGUCGAUCGCACGAAUUGUAUAGACGGAGCCAAACAGGCUCUCGAAACAGAAGACUACGAAUCUGCAGCCAAGUACGUGGAGCGCUUCCUGGAGCUGGACGCCCAGUACACCGUCUCCAAUUCAGACGAAGCGAAUGGCGAAGGUAGAGACACAGUCUCGGAGCCGAGGAGGCAGCUGCUGGAGUCGAAACAGAAGUUAGAGGAAGUGAUCAGGAAGAAGCUGGCUUUGGCAGUAGAGGCUCGGGAUCAUACGAGCGUCGUGAGAUUUGUCAAACUCUUCCCUUCACUGGAGCUUCAGGAGGAAGGAUUGCGGCUGUAUGUGGAUUAUCUGCGAAAAGUCAUUGCCCUAAGAGCGAGAAAUGAGUACGAGGGUAUUGUGGAGAUUCUGGAGCAAGCAGAAGGAAACACCGGUGAUUUCGUGGGAGGGCUUAAUAAUCUGUUCAACUACAUUGCGACAUCGAUCGAAGACAAUGAAGACCUUCUACGCACCUUCUCUGGCGAAGAUGGCAUCGUCUUCGCUAUCCAGGAGCUCCAGCAAGAAUGCAACCUCAGGGGACCUGUUAUUCUGAAGAAAUACAGCGAACAUCGAAAGUUUUCGAAGCUGAGCAAAGAAAUUGCCAAUCAGAGCAAGAAUAUUAUGUCGGUGGGUGGCUAUGAAGGACCUGACCCUAGAGAUAUCGCCGUGUAUUUGGAGGAAUUGCAGGUUUUGAUACAGACGAGCGAGGACUACAUUCACUACAUGAUUCAGAAGAUGAGAGAGGCUGGCUCUGCUGGCGCUCAACUGAGCCCAAGGGCUGCCAAUGGUUUCAAAUCUGGAGCAUUUGGUCGUUCGGUACAGGAACUGACGGGGUAUUAUGUCGUUCUAGAGGAGUACUUUAUGGAAGAAAACGUUAGAAAGGCGAUUAAGAUCGAUGAGUUUGUGCCGGAUGCACAGACUACUUCGAUGGUCGACGAUUGCUUCUACGUCCUCCAAACAUGCUCCAGAAGGGCAGUGUCCACUGCCAACUCGCAAGCAGUGCUUGCCACGUUGAAUCACGUUAUUGACAUACUCAACAAUGAAUACAAGGAGGCACUUUUAAGAAAGAUCAACCUCCCAAACCUCGCAAUUAGGCUCUUCAGUGCAGGAGUUGGCUCUGCAAAGACCGGCACAGAGGUAGCAGCCGCCCUCAACAAUGUGGACAUCAGCGCCGAGUAUGUCAUCAAGCUCAAACACGAAAUCGAAGAACACUGCAUGGAGACAUUCGCUGGGCCUGGCGAAAGAGAGAAGAUAAAAUCAUGUCUCUCGGAACUGUCAGAAACAAGCACGGCUCUCAGACAAUUGGGCAAUGGAGGCCUGGAGCAGCUCGCCAAUGCCAUAAUACCACGACUCCGGGGCAUUCUGGACGUCGUUGGACCUGUUAGUUAUGAAUUGACCGAGGCCCAAUAUGCAGAGAACGAGGUGAACGACCCCUGGGUUCAGAAGUUGCUGCAUCUGGUGGACGGGAAUGUCGCAUGGCUGCAACCAUUGCUCACGAGCAACAAUUAUGACUCUCUAGUUCACCUGAUUAUCGACUUUCUGGUCAAACGCUUGGAAGCAAUUAUGGUCCAGAAACGCUUCAACCAGUUGGGCGGCCUACAGCUCGACCGGGAUGCCAGAACUCUUGUGGGUCACUUCUCAGGAAUGACUCAGCGAACUGUACGUGACAAAUUCGCCCGGCUCACGCAGAUGGCAACCAUCCUCAACUUAGAGAAGGUGUCUGAAAUUCUUGACUACUGGGGUGAGAAUUCGGGUCCCAUGACUUGGCGCCUCACCACCACCGAAGUCCGCCGCACAUUGAGUCUUCGAGUAGACUUCAAGCCAGAGUCCAUAGCUGCUUUGAAGUUAUAGUUUUGACCGCAACUGGCCUGUCUGCCUCGAGACACAUGUUUCAAGAGCUUCGUUGGUCAUAACUGACAUCUACAUACCUGCUGAUGAAAGAAGACGAGGUCAGCUUGUGCAGGCCGAGUGUCCCCAAGUCAGAUAUCGUUGUGGAAACGUGCGUACACAGCUAGAGGAUAGAAACUUGUUCACUUCUCGUCUCGAAAAAUUGCUGAUCAAGAGAGGUGAAGAACUAUGUAAAUACAUUUUUUAAAGCAAAUUCCAAGGCAUGAAACCGCAAUCAAACGUACGGUCUAGCGUUGCCGACGACGACGAUAGAUGUGGAGGUCAUGAAUUAUCCAGGAAAUAAAUACAGAGUAUCAACUGUCAUCCUCGGUCGCUGGCUUAAUAGGGCGACACGGUGCUGAUCAAAUUGACAGCCUCUGCUCAAGAAUUAGUUCCAGUGGUCGUGGUGCUUGGCAAUCAUCUACAUCACAACCAGAAUGAUCGUUGCGAAUGGGUAUGACAAAUUGUAAUUGCAGGCAAACUCUCUGUCAGCUGGACGGUGUUCUAAUCCUCUGUCCAUUUUUCACCC